CGGCCGCCGCCUCUUACCCUUUCACCCGUUACCAGCAACCCCUUUCCCGGGCCCCCUUGCCAAGCCCAAGGCUCUGUCUGCCCCCGCUCUAGCCCGGCCCCUGGCUGGGGUGCUUUUAGCUCUCCCCUCGCACCAGCAGCCGGGCUGCGGCAGCCUGUGGCCCCUCAGCCCUGCGUACCCGGCUGGGUGUUCACCGUGCCCCAGCGGCUCUGGCUGAUGGCACCCCGUGAGCACUUCGGAAACCAGGACCGCCUGAAGCAUCUGUGGGGUACAGCGGGAGCCGCCUGUCUACUGCCCACAUGGCGUCUGUUGGUAUUUUGGUCUCCUAAGCCGUAUCUGUGCAGGCAGUGGUAACCCGCGGUGGGUGCAGCUGGUGGGAGCUGGCGUUGCCUGGACAGCUUGAUGCAGCCAUAGGUACUGAUCCACCUUCAGACCCUGCGCAAUGGAGGCUGGCUCUGUGGUUCGAGCAGUCUUUGAUUUCUGUCCCAGUGUCUCUGAGGAACUGCCCCUCUUUGUUGGAGAUGUCAUCGAGGUAUUGGCUGUGGUGGAUGAGUUCUGGCUCCUUGGUAAAAAGGAAAGUGUCACAGGGCAGUUUCCUAGCAGCUUUGUGGAACCUGUGGAUAUUCCCCCUUUGAAGCAGGGAGAAAAACUGUUUGUUUGCACCAGUGACUUCACAUCUCAAGAGCCAGGGAGCUUGUCAUUGCAGAGAGGAGAUCUGGUGGUGCUGGGGGGAUCCCUGGCCUCCAGCUGGCUCCAGGGACGAAGCAGUUGGGGUUCCAAGGGCUUUUUCCCCUCAUCAUGUGUGCGGGAGCUGUGCCUUUCAGUUCGAAGCCGUCAGCUGUCCCAGAGCACUCUCCUGGAAGUGCCUGCCUACUCACUGGGCCAAGCCCGGGCCCUGUUGGACCUGUCUGCUCAGCUGGAGGAGGAACUGGACUUCAGGGAAGGGGAUGUGAUCAACAUUGUUGGUGUCCCAGAGCCCGGCUGGUUCGAAGGUGAGCUCAGAGGCUGCAGGGGCAUCUUCCCAGAGGGUUUUGUGGAACUGCUUACUCCACUGCGAGCACCGGGGACCUCCAUGGAUCCAGAGCCCACAGGGACUUGUGACACCAAUGGAACAGUAGAUAUACCACCUAAGGAGGAGGAAGAGGAGCCGGGGAGCACCUAUGGUGUUGCUCUCUAUCAGUUCCAAGCCCUGGAGGCCAAGGAACUGGAUUUUGAUGUGGGUGACAGGAUUCGGAUAAUAGGUAUUCUAGAGGAUGGAUGGCUGGAGGGAGAACUGAGGGGAAAAUGUGGAAUCUUUCCACACAGAUUUGUCAGGCUGGAAGCCUCUGAGCCUUGCAGGGAAAAGGUGAGUUCUGGGGAUCUCCAAGAUGGAGGCUGCUGUGGAGGCUCUGUCAAUCAAGUCCCAGAAAGCAGCUGCACCAAGGUUCUUUUGCCAGGGGAAGAUGGCAGGGAAAAGGAGGAUGGCUCAGUUGCACACCCUGAGCCUGACACUGUUUUGUCUCACAAGGUGGGGAGAACAGAGAGUCAUCUUGGCACAGAUUUGAAACAGCAUCAGGCCUUUCCUUUCACUGGACACCAAGGACUAUGUCCCAAAGGCACAUCGAACUCCCUCCUCUUUGACUGCACAAAGACAGUCAAUGGCCUUCUCCCUGCUGCUCAGCUGCCUCCCCAACAGAACAACAGUCCUGGCCAUUCAGGUGAGCUGGAGUCUGAAGGAUUAAUUUCAACCUCCUCAAGAAACUUAGAAAUUCACACCCAGCCUGAGCAUAAUGGAGACAGUUCCACUGUGCCCCUGCAGGCUCCCCACUCCACUCCAGAUCCUUGCAGAAGCCAGGUGAUUUCUUCUCCUAACAGCUGGGCAGCAUCUGAGCCCCAGGACAGCCAGAGCAGCACCCAGAACCUGGACAAUUGGAUGGAUAGUCAACAGGAAAAGUCCAAACCUUGUUCCUCCAGUUUGGGAGGUGCACAGGUGGGCUUGGACACCUGGGCUGGGAGCUGGAGAGAAUGCUGCCCACCUGCAGCACAGGGGGAUGGCUGCACAGACCUCGACUCUAAACUGACAGAGCAGCUGACACAAUUUGAGAAGAGUCUGACAGCUACUGGUGCUGAGCAGGACAAGGUCUCCCGACACUUCUCUAUCUUGGACUACAGCUCUGAGAAGGACAUUGUCCGUGGGUCUCCUGAAUGUGCCACCCAUGCCAGGCUGUCAGAGAGGAGGAAGGCCCUGAGGCCACCCCCUCCUCGGCCCAGCAGCCUUGCUACAACCCCUGUGCAUGUGCUGGGUGGCCAGGUGCCCAAGGACAGGCCUUUGUCCUUCUCAGUGAAGCCUUCCCGGCCUGCACCCCGACCUCCGUCAAGCAACCAGCGGAGAAAUGUGGCUCCUCCAGAUCUUCUGCCUGGUGCCCAGGAGAAGCGGGCAGAGGAGGGACGUGAGGACUUGACACAGGCAGCGACAGCUUCUCCCCACUCCAUUCUGCUGACGAGAAUUGGAGAGGUGGAGCGAGACCUGGAUGCUUAUGGCAAGACCCGUGCUGAGCUGAGUCUGAUGCUGGAGGAGCAGCAGGAUGAGCUGGUGAGAGUGGAGACACUGGAGAACCUUGAUUUCUGUGACUCAAACAUUGAGAGCCUCACGGUGGAGCUGCAGGAGCUGAGAGAGAUGACUCUCCUGUCCUCCCAGACACCAUCCCUGGAGGCAUCCUCAGCUGCCACUGAGAGCCCAGAGCAAAGGAUGCUGGAGAAGAGGUCCAAGGUUAUUGAAGAACUGCUCCAAACAGAGCGGGACUAUAUCAGAGACCUGGAGAUGUGUGUGGAAAGGAUGAUGGUGCCAAUGCAGCAGGCACAGAUGCAGAACAUAGACUUUGAGGGUCUUUUUGGAAACAUCCACAUGGUAAUUAGCUUCUCCAAGCAGCUGCUGUCCACCCUGGAGGCUUCAGAUGCCAUCGGGCCUGUGUUCCUGGCACAACGUGGAGAGCUGGAGAGCGUCUACAAGGUGUAUUGCCAGAACCACGAUGAGGCCAUCGCACUGCUGGAAACAUAUGAGAAAGACGAAAAGAUGCAGAAAUUACUCCUGGACCUUCUUGGUAGCCUCAGGAGCCUGUACAGUGAGUGGGGCAGCACAAACUACAUUAACCUGGGCUCCUUCCUCAUCAAGCCAGUGCAAAGGGUGAUGCGUUAUCCACUGCUGCUGAUGGAGCUGCUGAGUGCAACCCCUGAAGCUCAUCCUGACAAGUCACCACUCACAGCUGCUGUCCUCGCAGUCAAAGAAAUCAAUGUCAACAUCAAUGAAUACAAGCGCCGGAAGGACCUGGUGCUAAAGUACCGGAAGGGUGAUGAGGAUAGCCUUAUGGAGAAGAUCUCCAAGCUCAACUUCCACUCUAUCAUCAAGAAAUCCAACCGUGUGAGCAGCCACCUCAAGCAUCUCACCGGCUUUGCACCCCAGCUGAAGGAUGAAGCCUUUGAGGAGACAGAGAAAAAUUUCAGGAUGCAGGAGCGGCUGAUCAAGUCCUUCAUCCGGGACCUUUCCCUCUACCUGCAGCAUGUACGGGAGUCAGCCUGCAUGAAGGCACUGGCAGCAGUGAGCAUGUGGGACCUGUGCACAGAGAAGGGCAGUGGGGACUUGGACCAGUUCCAGAAAGUGAAUCGGCUCAUCAGUGACCAGCUCUUCUCCAACUUUAAAGAGCGGACAGAGCGGCUGGUGAGCUCUCCCCUGAACCAGCUGCUGAGCAUGUUUGCGGGGCCCCACAAACUGGUGCAGAAGCGCUUCGACAAGCUCCUCGACUUCCACAACUGCACGGAGAGAGCAGAGAAGCUGAAGGACAAGCGAACCCUGGAGGAGCUGCAGUCAGCCCGUAACAACUACGAGGCACUCAACGCCCAGCUGCUGGAUGAGUUGCCCCAGUUCCUGCGCUUUGCCAAGGAGCUGUUUGCCAGCUGCGUGCGGGGCUACGCCGAGGCGCAUUGCGACUUUGUGCGCCUGGCGCUGGAGGAGCUGAGACCCCUGUUGUUGUUGCUGAAGGUGUCUGGCAGGGAGGGGAACCUCAUUGCCAUCUUCCAAGAUGAGCACAGUCGAGUCCUCCAGCAGCUCCAGGCCUUCACCUUCUUCCCGGAAUCCCAGGCAGCUCCCAAGAAGACUUUUGAAAGAAAAAGCAUGGAGAGGCAGUCUGCCCGGCGGCAGCCCCUUGUUGGCUUGCCUAGCUACUUCCUGCAGUCAGGUGACAUCCGAGCUGCCCUCCUGGCCCGCUAUCCCCCAGACAGUAUCUUUCAGGCCGAUCGCAAUUUCAACGCUGCCCAAGACCUGGAUGUCUCGCUGCUGGAAGGAGACAUUGUGGGUGUCAUCAAGAAGAAGGACCCCAUGGGCAGCCAGAAUCGCUGGCUCAUAGAUAACGGUGUGACCAAGGGCUUUGUGUACAGCUCCUUUUUGAAGCCCUACAACCCACGCUGCAGCCAGUCGGAUGUCUCUGUGGCCAGCCACUCUUCCAAUGAGUCAGAGCACAGCAGCUCCUCUCCCCACAGCAACACUACACUGACCUUCAGCCCCAGUGGGGCAGCUGUUGCCUUCACUCAGAAUCCCCUGCAGGACUCAGCCUCCCCAGCAGACCCAUACCAGUCCCCACAGACUCCCUCAGAGACAGAUUCACCCUCUCUGUCCCAGCUUGGCUCUGGUGACAGGACAGCCCUGCUGGAGGUUGGUACAGUGACAUCUCGGCACCGCUACAGCCGCCCUGAGCUGGGCUGCAGUCCUGAUUCUCGCAACGGGCACCCCACCAAAGCACAUCUCCAGCCUGCACCCCCAGUGGAGGACAGAGACUCUGGGUUGGAGAGCAGCGAGUCAGAGGGCAACCAGGUCUAUUAUGCUCUCUACACCUUCAAAGGCCGAAACACCAAUGAACUGAGUGUGUCAGCUAACCAGAGACUCAGAAUCCUGCAGUUUGAGGACAUCACAGGAAAUCGGGAGUGGUGGUUGGCCGAGGCAAAGGGAAAGCAGGGCUACGUGCCCUCCAGUUACAUUCGGAAGACAGAGUACACGUGAGGCAGCAGCAGGAACCUGCACCCUGUGCCUUAUUCCUGCAGGGACUGCCAGGGGCCUGGGGUGCCCUGCAGCCCCCACUGCUUGCCCUGAGCCUACAUUCUUGGCAGCCAUGCAGUGCUCCUGAGCCCUACUGCCAUUGCUGCCCAUGGCAGGAGGAUGGGGGAGGGGAUGCUGUCAGGACAAGCAGGAACAGGUAGCUUUUGUGAGGGCAGAGGCAAGUUCAUCUGUGCUGUUUGAGACUCCUGAGUCCAGCCAGGAGCCGGGGAGUGAAGCUUGGGGCCAUUGUCCAACAGAUUAGGCUUGACCAAGACUGAGAGAUAAAUUGUGAAAGUGAGUUUCUGGAGUCUGUCUUUAGUCAAGUAGUGUUAAAAGCAUCCUGGGCCCGAUGAAUGUGUUCCCUGUGCCUUCUCAGCAGCCAGAGUCUGGUCUUAUGUAUGUGUCUGUGCAGGAUCUCAUGGUGGGACAUGUACUCGCUGCUUGGGGAAGCAGCUCUCAGAGUCACUGGGAGUAAUUAGUCUCCAGGGAUGGAAUGAGCCCAGCCUCUGAAAGCCAUCUCGGCAGAGCCUCUAUCCAGCAGGUGCUUCAUCCCCAUGCUUGGUCUCCCAGGGGCUUGGGCCACUCCAAGCUCUGCUGCUAGCAGCAGCCAUCAGGUUCAAAUCUUCCAUAUUCCCAUGGCAGCACAGUUUCUCCAGUGCCCAAGACACAUCUUUUCACUGACAUGCCCACCUAGCUGCUCUGGGCUGGGGCAGGAGAGAAGGCAAAGCACAGGCUCUCCCCCAGCCUGAUUUUUGGGGACUCUGACCAGAAUUGGCUGUGAUUCCCUGCAGGACACUGCUGGACAAGGUCCUCCCUGGGAGGGAUAUGGGGUACCCUUUGCUGGGGUGGUAUGUCUUGCCCACUGCUGCAUGUGCUGAGAGAGGGCAGCUCACUUCUCUUGGGGCAAUGUUUGCAUCCCCUGUACUGCUGCUCUGUAAAUAAAGAUUUGCCUUUGUGUAAAGGAAGUGCCUGAGCAGGUGUUGGGAGAGCUGGGAGGAGUGCCUGGCCAGUGGUGGGCUUGGGCAAGGCAAAGCCUACAGGUUUCAUGCAGACCCUUCAGGGCCUGGAAGAACCUUUUGUUUGGGUCUAGCAUGUUUCUGCCAUGGUGUUUGUGCCAGCUGCAGCUCAGGCAUUAGAAAAUCCUCAUAGGAAAGUUCUUCAUUAAGAUAAAGUGACUGCACUGCCCUCUCCCUCUGCCCAGAUGUGUGUUAUGUGGGCUGCUUCUGUCUCUCCUGCCACCAGCAAGGGUGAAGAGGCUCUUCUGCUGUAAUUGGGCAGGCAGCAGCCACGGUCAGCACUUCAGCUCCUGACUUUUAUGGCCAAGAACAAAGAAGGGUCAAGAGUUUGGAGUUACAUGUGAGCACAUGGGUGUAGCACCUGUAUGUGCCUGCACCUCUCCACCUUGUCUUUGCCACAGUCAGGUUUAUAGUCUGGAACCACAUCCUAAAAUCUUCCCUAUUAAUGGUUAUGGUAGCCCCAGGGUCUGCCUCAUUUAUUUGCAGUUAGGGAAGGUAGGCAGUCCCUUGCUUUUCCACUGUUGGAGGGUGGUGUUCAUGCCCAAAU